CCUCCCGCUGCCUCCUCUGCCCUUAGGUUCCCGUUCAGCCGGCCCGAGCUGCUGAAGGAAUGGGUGCUGAACAUCGGGCGGGGCAACUUCCAGCCCAAGCAGCACACGGUCAUCUGCUCGGAGCACUUCCGCCCCGAGUGCUUCAGCGCCUUUGGGAACCGCAAGAACCUGAAGCACAACGCGGUGCCCACGGAGUUCGCCUUCCAGGACGCCAGGCAGGUCUUCCCAGAAGCGGAGGCCAGGGAGCACGGCCCGGAGAGAAAGGCGGACACAGCCCUCGAAGGGCUGCAGCGGCCUCCCAGCGCCAGAGACCCUGUAGGGCAGGUCCUGCCAUGUAGACCAGAAGCAGCUGAGGCCCCUGCUCAGCCGGCCAGCCCCCCACAGCCAUCUGACCACAGCUACGCCCUUUUGGACUUAGAUGCCCUAAAAAAGAAACUGUUUGUGACCCUGAAGGAAAAUGAAAAGCUCCGGAAGCGCUUGAAGGCCCAGAGGCUGGUGAUGCGGAGGCUGUGCCGCCGCCUGCGAGCCCACGGAGCUGGGCGGCCAGGCUCCCGGGCAGGGCCCCGGCCAGAGCAGCAGAGCUGAGCCCAGCCGCCCGGCUUUCUCAUCGAGCCUGGGCGCUGGGGCCGCGGUUCGGAGGCUCUGGCCACGAGCCUUUCAGUCCUGCUGCUGACGGUGGCAGCGAGGCCUGCAGGUGAGGAGCUCAGCGCGGCCUCAGGGGUUCGGUGGCGCCGGGCUGUGAACGUGAGAAACUUGGUCAUCCAGGUGACAGCCCCAGCUGUCCAUUCGCACGAGCCAGGCCAGCGUCCUCAGAGCCACAGCAUGCUGAGCGGAGUGGCAGACACCCCUGUGGGGAGGGACUUAGUGCAUGGGUCACUCCCACCCCACACCAGAGGGGGGACAGAUGACUCCAUUGCCCGGACAGCCAGCUCUCCGCUGACAGCGGCCUCUGUUCUAAGGAGUGCCUCUUCCCGGCCUGGUUUGAUGGAACGAGGUCACCAAGUGUCUUCCUACAUUAAAGGGUCUCCUCCUGUACGUAAAAGCAAACGCUGGCCCUGGCCGGGGUGCUCCGUUGGUUAGAGCAUCAUCCCAAUACACCAAGGUUGGGGGUUUAAUCUCCGAUCAGGGCACAUACCAGAAGCAACCAGUGAGUGCACAAAUCCAUGGAACAACAAGCCCAUGUUGCUCUCUCUCAAAUAAUUAAAUAGUCCUGGGCCCGGCUGGUGUGGCUCAGUGGUUGAGCGUCGACCUAUGAAUUGGGAGCUCACAGUUCAAUUCCU